AUGAGUGACUACUGGAGCGAAGACGGACAACAGAAGCUCACGCUCGAGCUUGCUUCAUGGGACCAAAUCUCUCUUUUGCAAACCCCCGAUUUUUCCGAUCAGCUCUCUGCACCCGCUGAACUCAACUAUGCUGUUGACCUGAUAACUGGGAUGCGUCGUUCUCCGCGCAAGCAUCGAGAUCAGCACCAACACUCACAAAACUAUACCCUUCCACCAAUUUCAUCCCUACUCACCACCAGCACACUGGGUGGCUAUCUCAAAGAUCUUUACGCAAAUUUUUCUCCGAGUCCUAGUUGCAUCGCAGAUCAGCAAAACCCCCAGCAUGAUUUGCAAAACUUACUCCUACAUCAGCACUAUGGAACCCAUGUUCACGCCAGUGCCGUCUCUGGAGACACCACACCACUACCAUUGAACAGUCCCGCAACAACAUUACCCACAGGUCCGAGUCCAACGGAGGCUAUCGUGCCUAGCAUUGAGAAGCCUCCAUCGAAAGCUCCCCGCCGGGCACAGGCGAAAAAGCCCGAGUCCGAUACCAACAAGAAGAAAACGCGCACCAAGGGUGCAGGUAGCAAGUCUGGGCCUGCGGGUCGUCGAGACCAUGGUGGUUCAGACAGCGAAAUCACAAAAUUGAGUCCCGAGGCAAUCAAAGACUCAAAAAUAAAAACUCCUUAUGUGACGUCGCCAGAGCGCUGGCCUGGUUUUAAAGUUAACCAAGUGCACUACUGGAAUAAUAUCUCUGGGAAUUUGUUGAAGGGCCGGGUGACAUCUGAACAGGUCCGAAAUUUCUGGCACGGUCAGGCCUGGGAGAAGUACAAAGCAGUCCGUGAAAGGGAGGAACAUACUGGUGGAGGAGAUGGAGACGAAGAUGGGUCAGAUGCCGAGUGUUCUGGUGAAUUCUCCGCUAAGGUGUUGGACGAGUUUGCAAAGUCCAAAAUUUACCAGUUAAUUGAUGCAGUUGCUCGCAAUGACAAGAGUGUCAUCCGUCAUCGUGAAUAUCAUUCAGCUACCCCUCUAUCUGAUGAAGAUGCCUCACCCAUGAAAAAACGGAUCAAACGCUCAGAAUCCUAUGAUGGUGACACCUCACAACUGCUACAGCAACUCGAUGCUAACAAUAUAGAGCUUGCCCAAAAGAAGGACAAAAGGGAUGAGGAGGAACGUGCUGAACAUCGUGAGGCUGCAGCAAGGCAAGCAGAACGUGAACGACAGGAUGCAUUUGACAAACAGUGGGAUCGCUGCAUGCUGAUGGUUGGUAAUACGAAUCCACGUGUUCGUGCAUAUGGAGAGAAGCUUCUUGACGAGCUGAUGGGAGAAAGAAGUAACAUGAUGUAA